GAUUAGCGGUUUAACUAGUGGAGGCUUUUAUGGGCUUUUGUGCUGAUGUGUUGUGAACUCUGCAAGGGUUUGCUUCGGUUCAUGAUUUUGAUCCUUUUAAGGGGAAUAAAUCAUGAUAUUGCCCAUGUCUUUUAGGUAUUAUAGGACAGCCUUAUUUUAUCAGUCCUACAAAAGUCUUUUAAUUUGUGAUUUGACCUGCAAAAAUUAUGUAUAUUGUUAUAUAUUUUUCUGUUGUUCGCAUAGCAUAUCUAUGAAAAAAAAUAAUAAUAAUAAUUAGUUUCCCAUGUCGUUUGAGAAAAACCUCUCUGGUUUUAGUACAACCCCUUCUCUGAGUACUAUCACACAAAAAAUCACCUUGCCCAGUUCUUCCACCGCACUCAUAUUCGCCAACCGCCGACUAUCCGUUUUCAUCUGCAGCCCUUUCAUUGUUAGAUCUCUGACCUCCUCCCUCGAACAAGAAAGGUGUCGUCGUGUUUCAUUGUUCCAUCGGCAGCACUGUCGUCCUUCACCUCUCGGCUUGUUCAUUGUUUCAAAAGCAUAUCUAAAAGUAAACCUAUAGAAGCUCUCGUUUUCAGACCUCCUCUCUCUUCCGCUGCCAUUGAUUAAGUUUCAGCUUACCCAAUCUGUCAUGGAUUGAUGGUUUUGUGUUUCACGCACUCUUCUUUUUUUUCCUUUUUUUUUUUUUUUUCUGUUGAGCUAGGGGUAUUUUGUAUUGUUCUUAAUUAGUUUUAUGUACAGGGAAAAUUUUAGGGAUUGAAUUUAGUUAACUUCAUUUCAGGUUAUAGUAAUUCUCAAUGUAGAACGAUUCAGAGGUGCAAUUUAGAGCCUGCGUGGGUCUAGCUCCUUAUUGCCUCUUGAGGUCUUGGUUAGAGUGAGAAUCUGAGGCUACCUUUGGGGCGGAGACUCUAUUGAGGGCAUGGUUUGUCAUGGUCUUGCUACCUCCUCAUCAAGAGGUUUUUUUGAGCAGUUUGACAGGUUGUGUUUCUUCGGGAUAGAUGAAAUGCUGCAUUUAUCUGGGUUUUUUUUGUUUCUGUUUGGAAGUUUCAGUUGGUGUUGUAGGUGGGAAUGACUUGAUUAUGGAAGACACACUCUGUACUUUUUGUUGUUGGGAUUUAAAGAGGAGAGGCAUCUGUUAUGGCAUUUAUCGUUAGUCUCCUUUUUGUGAACAUCAUGCAAGUCUAUUAAUAAACUGCUUUUCUUACUAAUUAUGUUAAACAUGUCUUGAUUUCAUUCUAUUUGUAUUUCUAGUUUUUAGAGAUACAAUGAACAAAGUAAAUGCUUUAGAGGUGUUCAGUAACCCCACUAAGAAGAAAGGUGCUACGCAGUUCCUUCCACUGGGCUUGUUGUGAAGGAGUGUGGCCAAACACAGAUUAUCAUUUGCUAGCCUGGGCUCCCAUGUGUAAGUAGAUUUAACAAUCUUGUCCUAGGGAUUUACAGCUUCUAAACGAUGUUGUCCAAGAGAUUUACAGAAUACAGCUUAACAUACUAACAUUUAUUAACUUCAUAGCUUAUCAAGGAUUGGAGGGUUCUUUGGUUUCUUUUUUUUUUUGGUCGAAAGAGGGUUCUUUGGUUGAUAAUACAAGAUCCACUAAAAAUGGAAGAAGGAAUGGUGAUGACUAGCAACUGAGUGAUGUCCCAAGAAAUCAAGAAGUUCCAUCAGAAAAAGGUAUGGGAGCUGCAUUCAUGAAGGAUAUGUUAUUGAUUGAGAAUGUACAAGUAGAUCAUCAAUGUGAGUUUAUUCAUUACUACAUGGAUGGAUGGUAACUAUCCAUUAGUUAUUGGUUGAUUGUGAUUUGUGAAUGAAUUGCUACAUCAUAUUAUGCUUAUGUGUAGUGAACAUAAAAACAAAUUUAUCUUUCUUAAGCUAUUCUGAAUAUUCAAUGAGAUAGAUUAUUCUUUUUUAUGGUUGCUGAUACUGUUACGGCAGGUGUUGCAAUUGGUGUUUCUAGUGCUGAAGCUGGAGUCACAUGUACUAAAACUAGUAUCACAUGUGCUGAAAAUUGCAUGAUAUUAGUUGCCAGGUGCUGCUAUGGGUGUCACAAGAGUUACUACUAGCAUCACAACAGGUGCUACUGUCGUCACAGCAGCUGCUACUGCUGUUGCAGGUGCUUCAACUGGUGUUGUUAAUAUUAAGGAAACAAUUGAAGCUGAUCCUAGUUUGGAACGGAUCGAAGUGAUGGAAAAGUGUUUUGGAAAACAGAAUCACGGUCAUGUAAUCGGAUCUGGAGUUGGGGUAAAGCCAAAACAUCUGAAGGGAAAAAAGAAAGAUGCCGAGUCUGCAGCAAAACUAAAAAGAGUCGAAGAAGAAAUGGCUUCUCUUCAACUAGAGAAUGACAACUUGAAGGCUACAGCAAGGCGUGAAGUUAAUGAAAGAGCAAAUAAGGAAGAUGACAGACGAUCUGGAGCGGGAAAAAAUGCUAACAUCUGAAGGGCAAAAUGCAAAGAAGGAUGCUGAUUGUGCAGUGAAAUUAAGAAGACUCGAAGAAGAAAAAGCUCGUCUUCAACAAGAGAAUGACAAUCUGAAGGCCAAACUUAGCAACAAUCAACAAUCUUAGGCACGUACACUGUUAUUCUUUUGAGUUGUCAGAAUUAGUUAGAACAGAUAAUAUUAGAGGUAAUCUUUGUUUGCUUUCUUUUUAUCACACCUCUAUUUAGUUUCUUGGGAAGUUGACUCUAGGAGCUGUAUUCAUGUGCAUACUAGACCAACUGAGACUUAUGAGCUGUAGACUUUUGUUUAUAUAAUUUAUUUAUUAUUAAGGGCGGAAUGUAUGUGCACAUGAAAGCAACAGGGGAAAACUAGAUUUUUUUAGAUGAAGUAUAUUUCCUCCUUAUGUUAAUCCAACUUGUGAGCUACUUUUGUUUUAUAUCUUAGAUGAUUUUAGAACCUUAAUUUCAGUUGUCUAAUUGAUCACUUAAGAUAGUUGGUAAUUUUGCCCUCUGCAUUUUUUUUCCAGAACACUUAUGGACAAUUGAUAUAACUACUGAUAUAUGACCCUCCCAUUUGGUUUUAUUUUUUGGCCAACUAUUUGCUUUGUUAUUAUUUUGAUGAUAAUCCAUCAAUUCCAAUUAGUUUAGUUAUCAUUCUUUUAUGUUAAGACUCUUCUUUGGGCUACUGCAGGUAAUGAACGCUGAACAGGGGA